CUGCCAUAUAAUUGGUUGCUAAAUGAAGAACGAGGUCAAAUAAAUCUACAGAUAGGGACUUCCUUUAAACAGUGCUGCCAUAUGUUAAAAAUAUUUGUUGUCAUGCGCGCCAAAUUCAAGCUCAUCUGUUACUAUAGCGACGAUAACAGUAUGUCUAGCGGCAUUACUGACACAACUAGAUUCUUUUUAAUCGUUGUGUUAUACUUCAGCAAUAUGCCUAUAAUUGUGAAGGAUUACACGUGGUCGCAAACAAAUAAUGUCGUGCAUAUAAGAAUACCCUUAAAUCCCGUAAGCCAUGAAAAAGUCGAUUUGUUUCCGACGGACAAGUAUAUCAAAGCUAAUUUUAGCCCAUUUUUGUUUGAAGUAUUUCUGCUCCACGAUGUAAACAUUAAAAAAAGUAAAUGCAUCGUGAACGAUGACUUGAUAACUUUAGAUUUAGUCAAGUAUGAAGACAUUACAUGGGAUAGUUUACAAAAGGAUUUGACUAAAGCAGAGAAGCAUGAAAUAAGACAAGAAGUCCUAGAAAGGUGCCAGGAGGAAGCUAAGCAAGAGUCUGAGGACAAAAAAGUAAAAAAAAGUCAAUUGGAUAGGUUCGCAGUGCAGCAGGCUAUGGAAAUAGACAAUAAACAACAUAACCUGAUGGACUCUCGGCGUGAUGCGGAGAGAAAAAAAGCUAUGGAUGCAUUAGAGGAGUGGAGAGUUGGUACUAACGAUGAGCAGAAGGGCACAGCACCAAAAGCGAUAACAGCUCCGCCACUGGAGCGUAGAGGUGUGGAAAUCGUAGAGUUACCCCCUUCAGACGAAGAAACUGACAAAAAGGAAGAUGUUCCUCCUUUAGAAUCAAGCAUAGUGCCAAAAGAAAUCCACCAGAGUUAUACAACUCCAAGAAAACCAAUUAAAACGCCGGUUAAAUCUGAGUACGUCGAGAAGAAAAAGCAGGAAACAGCCAAGAGAGUGCUACCAAGGUUGAGACAGACAAUGGAAUUGGAAAUAAAACAUACUCCGAGAACAUUUCCUACACCUAGCAGGGAGUCCACGGCGGAGGAAGAACAAGCCUGGCUCAAGAAUAUCACGUUAGCUAGGCGAGCUACUGGUUUCGUUUCCGAGGACCUCAGGCCAGAAGAACAGGAUCCGCAAUGGUGCAAAGAGAAAGGCGACGAGUUCUUCCGGAGCGGGAACUUCCUAGGAGCCAUAAGCGCAUACACGCACGGCAUCACACUGUCUGACAAGCUGCCCAGUCUGUUCGCAAAUAGAUCAGCCACGCACUUCGCGUUGGGAAACUUUAAUAAAUGUUUGAACGACUGCUCAACAGCUUUGGAUCUGAUGAAACCACCUUGCGAGAGCAACCGGCGCAGCAGAGCGAAAUGCAUGGCACGGCGCGCGGCGGCCCUCGCCCGACUUGGUUACCUCAACAAGGCAAUAGACGAAAUGAAAGCGGCCGGCAAACUGCUGCCAGACGACGCAACCAUCAAAAAAGAUAUUUAUGACAUGGAGAAGGCAUGGGAACAAAACCCGGAUUCUGAUUGAAUGCUUGUUAGCAGGAGAAUUACCAUGGAAAGAAAAAGAAAAAAAACUUCAUCACUUUUCUCAUAAUAUAAUAGUAUAACAGCUGAA